AUGACUUUAGAUAAAUUGAAUAAUUACGAGAGAAAAAGAGUAAGUUGCUUCAUAAAUUUUGUGCAACAUCACCGGUACUAUUGUUCCGUAGGUCCGUUAAAUAAAAUAUUUACAAUUGUUUCAGUGUUUGGUGUUGUUAGACGUUCCUUUGGUUCAUAUUUGAUAAGAAGAAAGUCUACAAUGUCGUCAAAACCCCUGAGUGUCGAAACAUUGACGGAACUGAGAAACAAGUUCUACGCAGACCCCAAGAAUGAGCUGGCUCAGAAUGUGUGCACCCGUUUUGACCCGUUCGAGGUGGCUAUCAGCAAACGGAGACAGGAUAGCCAGCUACAUGUGUAUAACAUAAAGAUAGAAUCAGAGGGCAAGCCGGUGACCAACCAGGAGAACUCGGGACGCUGCUGGCUAUUCGCUGCCCUGAAUGUCAUGCGGCUGCCGUUCUGCAAGAAAUACGCCAUCGAUGACUUCGAAUUCUCGCAGAGCUACCUGUUCUUUUGGGACAAGAUCGAACGGUCCCACUACUGGCUGAACAACAUUGUUGCCACCGCCAAGCAGGGCGAGGAGUUGGACGGCCGACUCGUCAACUUCUUAUUGAAGGACCCGAUAAACGACGGCGGGCAAUGGGACAUGAUCGUGAACCUCGUCAACAAAUACGGCGUCAUGCCCAAGAAGUGCUUCCCCGAGUCCUUCAGUUCAAGGAAGAGCUUGCACAUGAACGCGCUCAUCAAGACCAAGCUUCGCGAGUUUGCAAAGGAGCUACGCGACCUAGUGGCCAAAAAGGUGUCUGAUGAUGACAUACAAGUGGCCAUCAACCGACAGAUUGGAGUCAUCUACCACAUCGUUGCUACUUGCCUGGGAACUCCCCCGGAGAAGUUCACCUUCGACUACUACAAUAAAGAAAAGGCUUACAACACGUUCGGCAGCCUCGCCCCCAAGGAGUUCUACGACAAACACGUCAGGCCGCUGUUUGACGUGGACGAUAAGGUGUGUCUGGUGAGCGACCCUCGAGCCAGCAACCCGUUCGGGAGGCUUUUCACCCUGCAGUGUCUCGGCAACGUGGUCGGCGGCCGCCAGACCGCCUACAACAACCAGCCCAUCGAGACACUCAUGCAAGUGGUGAAGGACAGCAUAGCGGGCGGCGAGGCAGUGUGGUUCGGCUGUGAGGUCAGCAAGCGCUUUGAACGCAAGAAUGGUCUCGAGGACCUAGACGCGCAUGAUUACAAGCUGGUGUUCAACACGGAGGUGCAGGUCGGGCUGCAGAAGGCGGACCGGCUCCACUACGGGGACUCGUGCAUGACGCACGCCAUGGUGUUCACCGCUGUGGGGACUGAUGAGAAUGGCAAGCCGACCAAGUUCCGUGUGGAGAACUCGUACAGCGACAAGGAGUACGACAAGGGGUACCUCCUGCUCACCGAGCCCUGGUUCAGAGAGUUCGUUUUUGAGGUGGUGGUAGACAAGAAGUACGUGCCAGCGGAGGUGAUGGAGGUGUUCAAGCAGACGCCGCAAGUCCUGCCCGCCUGGGACCCCAUGGGCACCUUGGCGUGCCCCCUGUGCUCUAACGAAUAACUAUAACAUAAGUGUGCCCAUCAUGGUCUA